AUGUCCACGUGGAAAGCGAGGCUCACCAAAGGUCUGAGGCUCCCGUCUCCCAGGAUGCAUCCUUUCCCGUGCUCAGCUCUGCUGGCAUGUUUUGGGAGCACCAGGGAGAAUGCCCCCUUUGAUCAGACCAGCGCAGCUGACUCUCACGCCACCGUUUAUGCCCAGCCUAUGGUCAAAGCGGGCAGGCGACCAAGUCACUCAAGGGUGGAAGAAGGAGCUCCAGAGAAGAGGAGAGAUUCUGGCGGUGCCCACUCAGAGCACAAUGGAGGUGCAGACCAGAAUUCCAGUAAUCACACUACUGUCCAGCCCGUGGAGAGCCCGGAGGGUCUGCCCCCGUCCCUGCAUGAUGAGCCGGGCUGCCAAGCAGGUGCCUUCCAGGCUUCCAUCCCUCGACCGUCCAUCGUGGACAUGCCAAAGGAAGAAGAAUUUCAGGAAGAACUUGAGUGUCCUGAGCUGGGACAGAAGACGCCCUCAGACGGCCCACUUGAGGAGACUGACCCUAAAGACUCAUAUCUCAUUCCAAGAAACAUCAUGGCUGAGCCAGACUACAUAGACGACGAUGACAAUCCUGAAUUGAUAAGGCCCCAGAAGCUGAUCAAUCCUGUGAAGACAUCCCGAAACCAUCAAGACCUGCACAGAGAGCUCCUUAUGAAUCAGAAAAGAGGUCUUGCCCCUCAGAAUAAACCAGAAUUGCAGAAGGUGAUGGAAAAGAGAAAACGAGACCAAGUGAUAAAGCAGAAGGAGGAAGAGACGCAGAAGAAGAAGUCCGACCUGGAGAUCGAGCUGUUGAAGCGGCAGCAGAAGCUGGAGCAGCUUGAACUUGAGAAGCAGAAAUUACAAGAAGAGCAAGAAAAUGCCCCCGAGUUUGUGAAGGUGAAAGGCAACCUCAGGCGAACAGGCCAGGAGGUGGCCCAGGCCCAGGAGUCAUAAGCUGUGGCUGCCAGGGACCUGGUGUGCUUCGGCCGUCGCCGCGGGAGCUGUCUCGGUGCCUAUAAAGCGCUCAUCCCGGACCACAGCUGAGCGAGAAAGAGAAUUUUCGCUGUCGACAAGGAGUGGGUGUGAUUUCCCUACUGACUGUGUGGACGAAUCGUCCGUGACAGUCGUAGUUCCCAUUCGCCAAAUGAAAGACACGGACCAGCAGCACAUCAGUUGGAAUCAUGAACCUGUGUUUAGAGACUUCAACCAAAACAAAACAAAAAACAAGCAAAGAGAAAUAGGAAGAGGACACUGGAAAUGCUUGAGAGUCUCGCUACUUGAUUUUUCUUUCAUUUCAAGUUUAAUGGGGCACAGAACCUGUUUCUUUUAACAGUGAAAUAAAUUGUGGUUAAUUCUGCCUUUGGCUAUCUCUUAGGUAAUAAUUUGAUUGCAUCAAAAUGCAUUUACUGUGGUACAGCCGGUAUUUGUAAAUUUUAUUUUGAGAACUAACAGCAGAGAAUGUUGACGUUGUUGUUGAGCACAACGCUUACCUUUGCUCACACAGAAAGUCAGAAAUAGCGGCAAGAAGUCAAAAACACACGAAUGUCCCUAUUGUUAUUCCUUUGGGUUCUCUGUGUAGCAGUAUGUUACAUGGUGGCAUUCCGUCUCCAGAAGGUACAUUGUGUAAAUUCAUCUGUCGUUUUGAUAACCAGUGGGGUUUCUGUUUAGCUUAUCUUGGCAGUUUUACUUAGCUAGUCUCCAGAUGAAACAAUUCCUUGACCCUUUGGAAAAUGGAACUCAUUUGUAAAAUCUGGGUUAAGUGUACAGAGGUGAUGUCUUUUCAGUUCUUCUGAGAGCAGUGUAAGGGACAUUCUCAUUUGGAGCUGGGCAAUGGAGACUCCUUUUAGAUAUUUCAUGUGACAUGAGUAUAGCUCUGUUUCUAGGCAGUUUCACUGAAGACUUUGUGCUCUUUGUACGUUUUAAAUAUCAUUAGAUUCCAGGCUUUGAAAAUUUCUGACUAAUGAGCAUAUAUUUCACCUCUCGCCUUCCUUUUGUUUCUUACGAAGAAGGGCUGUUUCUGCGCCCUCUCAGCAUGAUGCCGUAGGUAAGGAGGGUGUUGACUACUGAAUUGCACCUCUCAGGAAAAGCAGACGUGCUGGGCAAGGCUGCUCAGGCUCCUUUGCUGGCUCACAUGUUAUUCCAAGGAACAUCCAACUUGCAAAUAGCAGUAAAGUCCUCAUGCAAAAUUCAUUUUAUACUGCUGCUGUGGGAGUGUUCUGUGUGUUUUAGUAUGUUCUCCAUAGAGAUGAUCUAGCCGGUAAUUCUACGCUGAUGACCUCUUAUAUUUCCUUUAAUGACACACAGAAAGCUGGAGGCAGAGCAUUGGAGUCCUUAAUUAGCAGAAUAGACAUAAGCUUUCUGUGGGAACACUUUAGUUUGGUAGGUGACAGGCAUAUGUUCAGUCCACACGUGAACAAGAGAAAAGUAAAUGGAGGUUAACUCGGCUCACUAGGGAAACAUGUCACUGGAUUACGCCUGGGUUAUUGGUGUCAUCAGUGAGUAUGACCCGAAGAAAACGGAUGUUUAAGAUUAGACAGUAUGUUUUUGAAGCCCGGGGUGGUGACUGUCUUCGCCAUCCUUCCUUCUGAGAGAAGCAGAUGCAGGAACCAGUGUGUGAAAGAACAACUCUAGUGCACACUGAGCAUGCCCCUUCCGUGUGUGUGGAGGAAAGACGAAUCAGUCAAGUGAGGGCUCGGGGUUGGCUUGUAUCUUUUCUCCAAAUAGAGUUUAGAUCUUGAAAUCUGCACCUUGAAAGUGAUUUUCCCACUUGAAUUUUCAGAGGCUCUUAGCAGUUCCUUUAGGAGAAUCCAUUCUGUCCCCUAGGAUUCAUUCACCACUGAGAAGAAGUGAACUAACAAAAAUUUCCUCCUAGCCGCACUCCGAUCUGCAAACCCACCUGUACUUGGUUCCGCAAGGUCUGGCCAGAAGAAGGCUGGAAACAGCACGCGCGGACGGCUUGUGCUGGGUCGUGACGCAGAGCCCACGCUUGACGCGGCAGUCACUCUGCUCGAACCUAACACUGCGCUGUUCAAACCCCAGGGACUCGGGAACAGCUGAGCAGUUUUGUGCUUUGGGUCAUUUUUUGACAAGAAAAUGAAAAAGAAAAAAUGGCUCCAUUUUUCCACUCUGUAGUUUUCUUAAAAUAGUUAAGUUGUUUUAUAGUCUCCUAGUAAUAAAAUAGUGUUGCUUUCUAAGCUAUAACAGUUGACUCUAUUCUUCUACUCUGAGAAAUCUUGACCUGUUUGAGUGUAUAUAAUAUAUAUAAAGGGAGCCUUAAUGGAUUUGUUUUCAUAAUUUAAUAUUUUUUGUAUUUGCUCUUGUAAAAUUGUUUUUAAUGAAAGUAUUACAGAACUGAGGGUAGAAUUCUUAGAACCAAAGUUAUUCUUAAUAAAAAUCAGCACAUGCUUGGACCACGCA